AUGGAUCAGUCUCCAGAUGUCAAUUUGGAGGAAGUGUUCUGGCGAUCACCCCAACAUGUGCAAAUGAUGGGAGGAUUCCUCCAUUCAAAUAACAUAUUAUUCUACUUCGCAGAGUCGCCUUUUUUUGACGCAACCUCCAAUAAUGCCUCCCUCGCUAUCCAGGCCAACUACAAUGAAGCCUUUCGACAUUUUCUCGAGACGCGCGAAGUCUUUGAAGGCAGAUUAAAAACGAUGCAAGGGUUAGAAUUCAUGGUGACAUAUGAUCCGUUGCAAGAUGCGGCCCAGUCAGAUACAGAAUUCGCCCAUCCGCCAUCGAAUAUAUGGGUGAUUCGAAAGCAGCAAAGGCAGAAGCGGCCAGGGAUGGAAGAUGAUGUCGUCGUGCUCUCGACGUAUUAUAUUGUCGGUGAUUCUGUCUACAUGGCCCCUUCUGUGUCCAGUAUUGUGGGCAAUCGAAUACUUUCCGCCGUGACAUCGCUUACGAAACUUCUCACUGUCGCCUCUCCUCUUCCUAUUUUCACACCAUCGUACGGCCAUAUGUACAUGCCCCCUGGCCCAAAGGCACUAGACGGAUCCCAAACAUCAUCGCAAUCGCAAUCACAAUCUCAGCUACAAAGCAAGGAAUUCACACCAGUACCAGAUUCUCAAGGCUCCACAAAGCCGCCGUUAACCAGUGCUACAAACGUCAAAGAUACAUCCUAUCAAGACACCCGAAACUUAAUGGAGGCCAUGAACCUCCUUUCUAAAUACGGUGAUGAGUUCAUGGAUGAAACUCCUCUAUCAGGGGAGCCAGGCUCUUUCAUUUUAACCAAAGCCAACGAACCUGCGGGAAGCACUCGGCAGCCCCCUAAGACGAAUAUGCACGCGCCUGCGCUUCCCAGGAAGACUGGGAUUCCGAGUAUCACGGAAGCCUCUACUCCGGUAAGAGGUGCGGAAUAG